AUGUCUAACCAUCGUCAGCAUCUCAUUGCUUCGGCCGACAACGGUACCCAGCCAGUCAAUGCCCCAAUCGGAUCAGUCAUCGACCACCUUCCUCCCAAACUUGAAGAGCUCGUGCUCGAUGGUAUCCACGUUCCAGAGGAGCUGACCAUGAAUGACAUUGCACAGAUUCAAACGGUCACCCUGGGAUGGGACGGUGUUGCAAGACCAAACAGGCUACGGGUGAUCAGUCUGAACGAUUGUCGUCUGUAUCUGGGAGAGCUCCUCAAGUUGCAGUAUCAUUGGCUUCUGGCUCGCAUCCAUGCCCUCGACAAAUUAUCCCUGGAAGAACGACGGGGAUACGAUAUGCCAAUCAUCAGCGUCGGCAAUCCUUCCGCUUUCAAGAAGGUAGCGUGGUGGCAGAGGUAUUACGACAACGCGAAGUUGGAUUCUGCUUCCCAUCGGGUGCUUGCAGCGCAAGCAAAGCAGGUGAUGGCCUUGUCUGAAGUUGACGAAGAAGGUCUUACAAAGGAGGUCGUGCUCCAGCGCUAG